AUGGAGGACACUCAAGUUGUCAUUGUCGGUGCUGGCCCAUCGGGUCUAGUUCUUGGCCUGACGCUGGCCAUGUUAAAGAUUCGUGUUGUCAUACUCGAGAAAACAAAGGGCAUCACGGAAGAUCCACGAGGUGUCUACCUCACUGGUGAUGCUGUGCGCAUCCUGCAAGACCUUGGGAUCGAAGAUGACAUGCACAAGAUUGGCCACGUGGUCGACCAAAUCAUCUUUCACCAGGGUUCGAUAACCGAUUCUCCCUUUUAUGCUAUCGACGUUGGCAUUAAGAACACGUUGGAGCAAGUGGCCGCUCAGGGCAUGCUGCAGAGUCAGCCAAAGCUUGAGAGCGCCCUUCGAAACGCAGUCCAACGCAUACCUCAAUGGUGCAGCCUACGCGAAGGGUGUACCGUCGUUGGUCGGUCAAGCGAGGAUCCACCGAUCGUUGAGUACGAGGACGACAACGCGCAAGGCGAGAAACGCCAGAUCCAAUGUCAAUGGCUCGUCGGCGCUGAUGGAAAGACGGGCAUCGUCCGAAAGCACUUCCUAGAGCCGCGGGCCGGUAUCCGGCAGGAAGAGGGUACCUACACGUACAGCGGCACGUGGGUGGCAGCGAACCUCCAUUUGACCCUGCCCACGCCCGAAACGCACCCCGAAUUUCCCCUCUGGAAGCUCAACUACUCUUCGGACGAGGUCUAUGAUCUGUUCUGGCCUAAAUCAUGGCAUUUUUGCCGCCUGAAUGAUAGAGCGACGGCUACAGGCCGCUUCGGGCCGCACGGCGAUCGGACAUGGCGCCAUGAGUUUUGUCUUGAGGACGAGGACGAGGGCAAAGAUUCUGAGGCUCUGCUUUGGGAUUGCAUAUUCCCCAUGGUCACGCGCUCUGUCGGGCGACGUGGGGAAGCCUUUGACAAACCCAUCACCUAUCCGAGUGACUGCAUCCGAGUAAUGCGCUGUCGACCGUUCAAGUUCGUCCACAAGACUGUGAACCGCUGGUUCGACAAACGAACCAUCCUCAUUGGAGAUGCGGCUCAUGUGUUUCCUCCGUUCGCUGGACAAGGCAUCGCCAGUGGCGUGCGUGAUGCUCACCAGCUGGCUUGGAGGCUUGCUUUGCUAUUAAGAAGCAGUGAUUCAGCCAGCGACAGAUUGCUCCAGGCAUGGGCUCUGGAGAGGCGAAGUAGCGUAGACAAUGCCGCUAUGUUCUCUAUAUUCAACGGCCACCUGGUCAACAAGCUUCCCAACAUCUGGAUACGCUCGGUGCUCCGGCUCCAUCGAAGCAUCGACGCGAUGCCUCUGAUGCCCAAGCUGCCCGAUCCGCAGCGUUACAAGGAGGUGGAAGGAUUUAGCAAGGUCUCGGAAGGUUUUCAUACGGCGGAACUGCGCGGCGGCUCGCGCUUAGCCCAGAUCUACCUUCAGUCAUCCAUCAAUGAGGCGCCGGUACAGUCGGACGAAAUCGUCCGUCCGCAUCACUCCAUUCUAACCCUCAUCAUUAUGUCCACAAAAGCCGACCCCUCUGGCUCUCAGCUUGUCCAAGGCGCUCAAAAGGCAUUGGAUGUGGCGGGCAUCGACCCAAUCAUCAUUUCGAGACAAUCCAUUGUCGUCUUCUCGCCUUCUCGCCCCGAGGCGAUGACCUUCGGAAAGCCGGCAGAUGAACUUUGCGCGAAUACUCCGCCUAUCUUCUGGCCUGCCACCAACGUUCGGCUACCGCGGCGACCUCCCGUGGGGUAUGAUCCGGAUGCCUUUGCCCGUCGCCUAGGCUCUGCCACGAGAUAUGCUAUAGUGCGGCCGGAUUUCUUCUGCUUCGCCUGCGUGCCCGACGCGAACACUCUCGGAAAGGCUCUGGAGCAGCUUAGGCAGCGAACUGAGUAA